AUGUUAUGGACUAACAGCAUCAAUGCAGCAGGAGCUGCAGUUCUGGCCAGAGAGAAGUUUGUGAAGCAGAAUGGACUGGAGAAAAAGGCAGUGGAGAUUAUUGCUCAGGAGAUGGUCACUGACCUCUCCUCUACUUUUGAGCAAAACAGCUGUUUGAAAAUGGUUGGUUUUGACAUGACCCAUCUUGCAGCUCAGUGGUGCUUUGACAAGGCUGGUCUGAAGCCAUCAGAUGUUGACGUCAUUGAGCUGCAUGACUGCUUCUCUGCCAAUGAGCUCAUCACCUAUGAAGCUCUGGGACUUGUACUGGUCAGUGGUGACAGAAGAGAGUACCCUCGGCCCUGCAUGGACAGCGUAAAACCUUUUUGUGUAAAAGGAAAUGGUCAGCAACAGGAGAUGCAUUAUCUUCAGAAAAUGUUGACCGAGGAGGAGAAGGCUGAUUACUGUGUGUGCGGUGAAGAACAUGUGGCUCGGUGUGUAGAGAUGUGCUUGCAGCUGAGAGGGGAGGCAGGGCCACGGCAGGUCCAUGGGGCAAAGGUCACCCUGCAGCACAACAUUGGUCUUGGUGGAGCAGUGGUGGUCACUCUCUACAGAAUGGGAUUCCCUCAAGAAACAAGCUCUCGGAUCGCUGCAGUGCCCACCAGUGCAUCCAGUGACCUUGAAGGGUUCAAAGCUCACACUGUCUUUAAGGAGAUAGAGAAGAAACUACAGGAGGAGGGAGAGGAGUUUGUGAAGAAAAUCGGAGGUGUUUUCUCCUUCAAAGUGAAGGAUGGUCCAGGUGGAAGUGAGGCGUUUUGGGUCGUGGAUGUAAAAAAUGGCAAAGGCUCGGUGACCAAUGAUGCAGGUAAAAAGGCCGACUGCACCAUCGCUAUGUCUGAUGCAGAUCUUCUCGCCUUAAUGACGGGCCAAAUGAAUCCACAAACAGCAUUUUUCCAAGGCAAACUGAAGAUAACUGGUAAUAUGGGAAUGGCCAUGAAACUUCAGAACCUACAGCUGAUGGCAGGCAAAGCCAAACUGUGAAACAGCAUCUCUUGCUGGAUGGGAAAGAGGCACAAACAUCCAUAGAAAUGCAUACUGUGUUGAGAGAUGUUCAAGUAAUUUCUAUAGAUACAGUAAUUGUUGUAAACAUUUUAUGACUGAAUAUAUGUGAUGGUUUUAGCUUUUUUUGUUUUUAGCUAUUCGCAUUCUUCGUGCAUAUCGCCACCUACUGUGCAGGGAGGAGAAUUUACUGUAAAAAAGGACUUAAAUGUUGAUCUGUCUCUCACCCACAACUAUCAUAUUUCUUCUGAAGACAUGGAUUAAACCACUGGAGUUGUAAGGAUUA